GGACUGUAUUGAGAGUGGUGGUCAUAAUACUGCUAAUGGUAAGUAGGCACCUUCCCUUUAUUAAGAUGGCCAUGUAGUCUGCAUAUGACCCAGUGUUAUAGCUGUCUUUCGAUUUUCGCUACCGAAGGCACAAUAAUAUAUACAAAUGACAUCUUGUAUAUACAUACGUUGUAAAAGGAGCACUGCUCUGUUGUUUUCCGAGUUCAUUGAUUUUUGCGGUCUAUUGCCCUCUGCCGCAGCAGAUUGUUGCUUUUAUUUGCAGUACUCUUUUAAACAGCGCUUCUUCGCGUAGAUAAGCCGAUAAUGAUUGCCACCCAACAGUCUUGCGCGUCUACAUAUGGCUAUCAAUAAUUUCUAUAAUUUAACAGAUUUAUUCAUUCCGGUGACGAGUGCCGACGCAGAAAGCGGCUGUUCUACUCAAUAAGCAAGCAAGUACAAGGAAAUCGCCUUGGAACCAACGAGAUCACUGCGAUUUGUGCAAUUUAGUGUUGUUUCUGUACAAAUAUUUUUUUAACGGAAUUUCUUAGCUCAGGUGAUCAUCACUGCUAAGUAAAAGAAAACAAUGAAAACUCAUACGGUAUACCAGCUCCUUGUAAGCUUUCUGCUGCUUGUAACAUGUGUAUCUGCAUGUGUCGUAAAAGUGCCAACACCCAAAACUCGUGUAUCACUCGUGACAAUGCGCAAAUAUCCAGUGGAUGCGAAGUGUACAAAUUGUACCCCAACUCAGAACCCCUUGGUGCUACGUACAGUCAAAGAGACGUACACGGACAUGGACGAGGUAUGCUGCGAAGGUUAUAUUAGAGACGCAAAAACCGGAGACUGCCUGCCAAACUGCGUGGACUGCAAGGGAGGCAAGUGCGUGCGUCCUGAUGUAUGUCUCUGUGUCGAAGGCUACAACAAUCUGAAGAAUACCACCGUCUGUGAACCGGAAUGCAGUGAACCCUGCAUUAAUGGACAAUGCGUUGAGCCGGAGAAGUGUGCCUGCAAUGAGGGCUACAAUUUCAUCAACGGCAGUACCACAGAAUGCGAGACGCGGUGUUUGACGGAUUGCACAAAUGGACGUUGUGAUUCGUCGUAUAAAUGUACGUGCAAUUUCGGCUACGAGCGCAACGAGAUGCUGGAUGUGUGCACUCCUAUCUGUGAAGAGCCCUGUGAGAAUGGCUUUUGUAAAGCUCCUAACGAGUGCCACUGUCUUAACGGUUAUGAGUUGCGGCUGGGCACCUUGGGAAAGUGUGAGCCAGUAUGUCAAGGUGGCUGCCCCAACGGCUAUUGCAUCGCACCGAAUGUUUGCAAAUGCCAGGAGGGCGCCUAUAACCUUAUUGGACUUGCCUGUGUGCCCAACUGCAUAGAUAAAUGCGUAAACGCACAUUGUACUUCACCCAACCAAUGCACCUGUCUGGAGGGGUAUAUCUAUCGCAAUGACUCGCGCACCGUAUGCGAGCCAACUUGUGCACGUGGCUGCCUCAAUGGUUUCUGUGAUGAACCAGGCCACUGUGAGUGUCAUCAGGGCUAUACACAGGUGGAGCCGCAUGUCUGCCAGCCCGACUGUGCAAUGGACUGUAUCAAUGGACACUGCAGCGCGCCCAAUACGUGUACUUGCAAUGAGGGCUACAUCUUUAAGAACGGCUCACUUACUGAAUGCGAACCGCAUUGUCCGCGUGGUUGCAAGAACGGUGAAUGCGUUAGUCCAGGUGUAUGCAGUUGCUUGCCGGGCUACCAAUCGCUGCUCUUUUAUCUUUGCAUACCAGUCUGUAAGCACUCCUGCGUCCAUGGCACAUGCACCGCACCGGACACCUGUCGCUGUUUUAGCGGUUAUCGCCCGAAUUCGGAACGGCCUUACGAGUGUGAACCAGUUUGUAAUUUCGACUGUGGACAUGGACACUGCAUUGCACCGGGUAUUUGCCAAUGUGAAACAGGUUAUACAAAAAAAUGGUUGACAGGACGUUGCGAACCGCAUUGUACACAAAAGUGCAUCAACAGCAUUUGUGCGGCGGGCGGUGUGUGCCGUUGCUACGAGGGUUUCCGGUUACGCAAAGGAUCAAACAACAUCUGCGAUCCCAUUUGCCUACCGCAGUGCAUCAAUAGCAAUUGUGUUGAGCCGGACAUGUGCGAUUGCUGGAGUGGUUAUUCGGAGACACGUCAUCACAAUUAUUGUGUCGCACAUUGUCGGCCGUCGUGUGAGAAUGGCAAGUGUGUGGCGCCCAAUAAGUGCCAGUGCAGCGAUGGUUAUCGUGUGACGAACUCCAGCGAACCGCACCGUUGUCAGGCGAUCUGCAAAGAGACUUGUAUUAACGCUGAGUGUCUGCGGCCGGAUGAGUGUGUUUGCCUUGAAGGAUAUAAGUUCCUCAAUGACAGCCGCACGGAGUGUGCGCCGUCAUGUGAACAGGACUGCGGUCACGGCAAAUGUAUUGGACCGAACGCUUGCAGUUGUGAUCUCGGUUAUCGCCUUAAGCUAAGCAAUGACACCGAUCUGCCGGUUUGCGUAGCCUAUUGUAAUGAGUGGAACUGUUUGAAUGGAAAAUGUGAUGUAAACGGUAUAUGUCAAUGCAUAGAAGGUAUGAUUUACAACGAGCGACGUGGGGCAUGUGUUUCCAGGUUGGGUUCUGUGGAGGAACACAUAGCGCUGAGUGGCGUCUCGGUUUCGCGCUGGACUAUCGGCACAAUGGUAUUCUUACUUGUUGCCUUAUGUGGACUGGCUUUAAUAUUAGUAUAUCGUGAAUAUGCGCGGAGACGUUUCCGGGAGAAGCACGGCGUGCGAUUGAUAGAAAACCCAACGUUCGGCAUUGUAAUGCCAGGCGCGGGAGAAGAAGAUGGCCUCAAUGUGCAGGAUGACGAGGAGAGCUGAUCGAAGAUGUGCUAAUAAAAUCGUUCUCUAGUAUGGUGAAAUUGUGAUCAAAAAGCUCCGAAAAUAUUAAAAAACCCCUUUAUUAGUUUUAAGAAAAUUAUGUAAUUGAAAAUGAGUGUUUACUCAUAGGGUUUAAUAUUAACCGUCUUAUGUUUAAAGAGUACCCUAAUUAAAUACAGUUUGCACCAAAAAGAUCUGAUUGAUUCUGCUUAAUACCUAUUUAAAUUGAAGUUGUAGAGGAGAAAGGCGUGAGCCUCUGUAAAUAAAAAUUAUAUGUAUUUACCACAGUUUAACUGUGCUUAGAAUAUUGAACUGAUACAUUUGUAACAAUAUUUUAUAACACUUUAAUUUUGCUUCUUUACCUAUACUACUUAAUUAUAAAUAUGACGACUAUUUUGAAUAUCAACGUUGAAAUAUACACAUAUACACAUC